AUUCAACUUCCCCCGGAACCCCGAUCAUCCGACCGAUUUCCUGUUUAUUGCAUUAACUCGCCGUGUUUCCGGGGUUACUGGAGUAUAAGUUUUUAUGUUUUGGGGGCGCAUAUGACCUGUGAUAUUGUUUUCGUUUGGGGUAUCGUUGUUUUCUGGGGGAUAGGAGGGGUUGUAGUCUUAUCAAAGAAAAUGGAGGCCUGUGCUGUGAGGUGACCAGAGGAGCAAUGGCCUGAUUCAAAUUUAUUAUCGGGGCUCCCACUAGCAUGCACAGGGAAAGAAGUACGGGCUGACCCUAAAAGUAUUAUCACUGUGUUCAUGAAAAAGAAAAGGCAAAACAAAAAUGAGUAAUUGUAAAAUAGAAGCGCGUCAUUUAUGAAUAUGGGGGUGCUGUUUCACAACCCAACCCUCCACGCCGUAAUUUCUUUGUCGGUUGUAUCUCCGCAUGCAAGUUUGAAGCUGAGAUUGGAAAUGCAGUCAAUUGCCACCAAUAAACACGAAGCUCAAGUAUAACAACCAGUUUUGUUUCUAAAGGGUCAAAAAUGUCCUUGGUGGAUUUAGGCAAGAAGCUUCUAGAAGCAGCACGAGCCGGACAGGAUGAUGAGGUCCGUAUCCUAAUGGCUAAUGGAGCCCCUUUCACAACAGACUGGCUUGGAACAUCUCCCUUACAUCUAUCAGCACAGUAUGGACAUUACUCAACCACAGAAGUGCUGUUAAGAGCAGGCGUGAGCCGGGAUGCCAGGACUAAAGUGGACAGAACCCCCUUACACAUGGCGGCUGCAGAAGGCCAUGCCCGGAUAGUGGAGGUGCUGCUAAAGCACGGAGCUGACGUCAAUGCAAAAGACAUGCUGAAGAUGACUGCGCUUCAUUGGGCAACAGAACAUGGUUACCAGGAAGUAGUGGACCUUUUAAUAAAAUACGGGGCUGAUGUUCAUGUCCAGAGCAAAUUUUGUAAAAAUGCCCUGGACAUAGCAAUUGACAAUGCAAACGAAGAACUUGCAGAAAUACUUCAGGUGUCCAUGCAAAACCAAAUAAAUACAAAUCCAGAAAGUCCAGAUACAGUAACAAUACACACAGCAACACCCCAGUUUAUAAUUGGUCCAGGUGGGGUCGUGAACCUGACAGGCUUGGUUUCAGCAGCUAACUCCUCAAAAGAUGAAGCAGGUGUGUCCACAGUUCAAUUUGGCAACUCAUCAACUUCAGUAUUAGCUACAUUAGCAGCUUUAGCAGAAGCAUCUGCACCCUUAUUCAAUUCAUCAGAAACUCCAGUAGUUGCAACAGAAGAAGUCGUAACUGCAGACUCCGUGGAGGGUGCCAUUCAACAAGUUGUCAGCUCUGGAGGACAGCAAGUUAUCACUAUCGUCACAGAUGGCAUUCAGCUAGGCAAUUUACAGACAGGUGGGAUGGGCCAGCCCAUUAUUGUGACAAUGCCAGACGGUCAGCAAGCAUGUUUCUCAGUCUUAACAGUCCCUGCCACAGACAUCGCAGAAGAGACUGUAAUCAGUGAGGAGCCAUCAGUUAAAAGGCCGCGCAUAGAAAUCAUUGAAAAUCAUUCAGAAACCACAGAAGUCGAGGAGAAAGAGACUUUGCAGAAGCAGUUGGAAGAGGCUAAUCGUGAGGCUCAGAAAUACCGCCAGCAGCUGCAAAAGAAAGAACAGGAGGCCGAGGCCUACAGGCAGAAGCUGGAGGCCAUCACUCGCCACCAAAGUAAUAAAAAAGCUGUAUGAGUGGAGACAAGUCCAACACAGGACUGAACUGAGAAGGUCACACCUAAUGUCACGUAUAGAUGAAGAGGUUCGAGGUUGUAUGUAAAGAAGGACGUUUGGAUGUUAAAUCCAUGAUACACUUUAAUCACAAAGUACAAUAAUCUGUAAAGCAAGUGAUUAUUGCCACUAAAAGGACAAGACCAGGACAAGUUGUAUUUGUGGCAACCAUUAGGAAGUAUUUUCUUUUAUAGGCAGUUGAAUAACCCAUGGACGAUUUCUCAAUUGUACAAAUUACUUCCUGCUUCCUCCCACAAAUUAAACUGGUUCAUAAUAGGUUUAGUGUUUUCUUAAAUAUAAAUAUAUAUAUAUAAAAAAAAGUGUUGCACUACUUUGAAACCCAGAUUAAACUAGGUUGCUGGUUUACAUUUUGUCAGAAUAGCUAAACCCUCACUUUACAAAUCUUUCAGACUAAGCUUGGACAGUCACAUUUUACUUUUAGGGAAUCAUUGAUGUGAUCCAGGGUACUCUGGAUUUUAUAAUGAACUCUCAAAAUCCCAAUGGCUUUCACUUCUGGAAAUUCUCGAUUCCCAAAUGCAUUUGGAGGUCUACAGUACUUUAUCACAAACUGGAAGCUAUUGCGGCUUGUGUCAAUCUGAACUCCAGCACGACAUAGGCACCAUUGCUUUUACUCCUUUGAGGUAUCCCCCAAAUUUUGAGUCUUGUUGAAAUUGUAAUUAAACCCUAUGUGGUUUGAGAAUUGAGGAAUAAAGGCUUUACAAAUGCAGGCAAGCAUGAACAACGGCCUUUAAAAAAAAAUUCUAUUUACAAACAGUAUCAUCUUAAGAAGUAGUUUAACCACAGUAAACAUUUUUAACCCUUUCCUUUCACAAACACUAAAUUCAAAACUAAAAAUACCAAGACAGUAAACUGACUACAAAUUCCAUGCUGUUUUAUCCCCCAGUCCCAUUUCCGUUUGUAUAUUGGUAGUGUUUAUAUAUAUAUAUAUAUAUAUAUAAUUGAUUUUUCAUGAAGGGUUGGUUUGGAGCUGUAUAUUUAAAACCUUUAGCAUGUUACAUCUCCCUGGAAAAAGUAGAACAUUUUUCUUCUGUUUAGGAUACCUUCAAGAAACAUCAGUUUGAACAGGAGUUCUUUUUUAUUUAUAAUAAACGCUAUAUUUUCCCCAUAAACAAUUAAAGCACACCACAGACCACUAUUUGUGAUUUGUAAAAAAAAUAAAAAUUUCCGUCAAAAUAAA